CCGCCGCGGAGGCAGCUAGAGAAGCUGACAGCGCGGAGCUGGCGGUGCGGAGCGCAGGAAGCGGUGCCGGUUUCUUCGACCGGCGUCUGCGAGGACAGCGCCGUCUGACCCGCUCGGGUUAGGGGAUUUGCACAGACGUGGAGCAAUGCUUAUGAAUCUGUGGCUCCUCAAAGGUCCCUAGAAGCCAUUCUCAGCGCAGUCCAGGACCGCCAGCCCCAUGGAGCCCCCGAUUCCACAGAGCGUCCCCUUGACUCCCAGCUCAGUCAUGGCCCAGCCCCUUCUUGACAGCCGCAUGCCUCCAAGCCGGCUCCAGCACCCACUCACCAUCCUCCCCAUCGACCAGAUGAAGAUCAGCCACGUGGAGAACGACUACAUAGACAACCCUGGCCUGGCACCCCCAGCUGGCCCUAAGCGGACCCGGGGUGGGGCCCCAGAGCUGGCCCCUACGCCUGUCCGCUGUGACCAGGACGUCACCCACCACUGGAUCUCCUUCAGUGGGCGACCCAGCUCUGUGAGCAGCAGCAGCAGCACAUCCUCUGACCAGCGGCUCCUAGACCACAUGGCACCACCACCCGUGGCAGACCAGGCCUCCCCCAGGGCCGUGCGCAUCCAGCCCAAAGCAGUCCACUGCAAGCCACUGGACCUGAAGGGCCCAGCAGUCCCACCAGAGCUGGACAAGCACUUCUUGCUGUGUGAGGCCUGUGGGAAGUGUAAGUGCAAGGAGUGCGCGUCGCCCCGGACGUUGCCCUCCUGCUGGGUCUGCAACCAGGAGUGCCUGUGCUCGGCCCAGACCCUGGUCAACUACGGCACCUGCAUGUGCCUGGUGCAAGGUGUCUUCUACCACUGCACCAAUGAGGACGAUGAGGGCUCCUGCGCUGACCACCCCUGCUCCUGCUCCCGUUCAAACUGCUGCGCCCGCUGGUCCUUCAUGGGAGCCCUCUCCCUGGUGCUGCCCUGCCUGCUCUGCUACCUGCCCGCCACCGGCUGUGUGAAGCUGGCCCAGCGUGGCUACGACCACCUGCGUCGCCCUGGUUGCCGCUGCAAGCACACGAACAGCGUCAUCUGCAAGGCAGCCACUGGUGACGCCAAGGCCAGCAGACCCGACAAGCCUUUCUGACACUUUGGGUCGAAGCCCCCUGCUCUCCUCUUGGCAUCUUUGUUCCCUUCUGCCACCUGAGAAGACUGCAGCAAGGCCAGAGGUUCUAGCGUCCUGAGACUGACCUUGCCAGUCUGCCCACCUCAGCUUCUGAAGAAACAGACACUCCCGCCCCGCCACGCCUACUCUCUUUCUCAAAAGGAUGAAGAAGCACUUUGGGUUUUUUCAAGGUCCUGGAACUUCGUGUGAAACAGAGAGUGGCAAGGGUGUGGUGUGGUUUUGGGGGGAUUUUUCUUUUUCAGAAGACAGAACACAGAUGUGGCCACAUAUCCGGAAGUUGCAGCUGCUUGAAUGCCUUCCCAGUUCUCCCUCCCCG